ACCCCUCUCUCUCAUCCAUUUUUCAAAUUGUCUACGCCGAUCUCCUACUUCCGGCCCCGAAUGCUUCCAGAGAUGGAGGACGGCGAACUCCAGAUGCCGAGCGAUCGCCCCUUACAAACCCUAGAUCCGAUCGCCCAGAAGAAGCACGCAGCAAUGGUGGAGCGCCUAUCCAACAACCAUCAAUCCCGUCUACAGCACUCCGCCGCUCGCCGAUCCGCCGCCGAUUCAUCCUCUCCGUCAUUCGAAUCCGUCCAAUCAUUCCUGCACCGGUUCUCCGAAGCCAAGCGCUCCGUCGAGGCCGAUCUCCACCGCAGCCGCGCCGUCGCCGCCUCUGAUCCGGACGCCAUAUCACAGAUCAAGCUGGAGCUCGACAAGGUAUCAUCAUCCAUCUCCGAUCUAGAAAAACUCGUCUCAGAGCACUCUUAUUUCCUUCCCCCUUACGAGGUACGCUUCUCCUUGAAAACGAUCGAGGAGCUCAAAGAAAUGGUGGAAAGUGCGAAUGCCGACAUCGCGCCGAGGAAGAAGUUCAGUUUUAAGAACAAGGCUUCGUCAAAGAAGGAAUCUGCUGGUUUACCGAAAGAGAUCGGGCGAUUUUAUUCAGUUUCCGAUGCGGGGAAAUCGAUGUUUAGUUUUCCGGACUCGCCGGGUUUCAGAAACAAGAAGGGUGAGAUUCUCGUGAAGCGUUUUGGAGAGUCUGAAUUUGAUGGGGAUUUCAGCAUUGCCGAUCUUGAUUCCUGUGAUGUUUAUCUGAAGGGGAGAUUUAGGGCUUUGUUCAUUCACAGGAUCAAGAAUUGCCGCGUAUUUGCCGGUCCUGUUCUUGGAUCGAUUCUCAUAGAGGAGGCGAAGGAUUGCUUGUUUAUGCUUGCAUCGCACCAGAUUAGGAUUCACCAUGCGAGAGACUGUGAUUUCUAUCUUAGGGUUAGAAGCAGACCGAUUAUAGAGGAUUGCAACGGCGUUAGAUUUGCGCCUUACAGGCUGCUCUACGAAGGAAUUGAUGAGGAGCUCCGCAAUUCUGGGCUUGAUGAAGAAACAAGGAAUUGGGCUAAUGUGGAUGAUUUUCUGUGGCUCCGCGCCGUGCAAUCUCCAAACUGGUGUUUGAUUCCUGAGGAAGAAUUUGUUGAUGUUAAAGAUAUUUCAGAAUUGGAGGAAAGAUCUGCUGACAAAUAGCUUCGAUCAUCGCCCAUUCCAGGGCUGUAGACUCAGGCUAGGCUCGUGUUCGGCUCGUUCGAAAUAGCUCGUGUUCGAAAUCGGCUCGUGUUCGAAAUCG